AUGUCGCUGCUCCCGGGGAAAGUCGUCUGCAUAACCGGCGCCUCCAGAGGCAUUGGACGCGGCUGCGCUCUCGAGUGCGCAAAACAUGGUGCUGGCGGUCUCAUUCUGCACUAUUAUGGGGACAAGGAUACACAGGACGAGAUACAGUCACUGAAGCAGGAGAUAGAGGCCGUCAACCCGAGCACGAAAGUUGUGGCUGUCCCGGGCGAUAUCGCGGACCCCGAGACCUCCAAGAACGUUGUUGAAGAAGGCGUAAAAUCAUUUGGACGUAUAGACGUCCUGAUCAGCAAUGCUGGAAUAUGCCCGUUCUGGGACUUCUUGUCUAUGCCUCAUUCCGUCUGGGAGAGAACGCGACAAGUCAAUCUGGAUGGCUCAUUCUACAUUACACAGAGAGUAGCCAACCAGAUGAAAGAGCAAACGCCCCAGGGUGGCUCGAUCAUCGGCAUAUCCUCCAUCUCCGCGCUCGUAGGCGGCGGCCAGCAGGUACACUAUACGCCCACGAAGGCCGGCAUCCUUUCCUUAAUGCAGAGUUGCGCAGUCGCACUCGGACCUUACAAUAUCAGAGCCAACGCCAUCCUUCCUGGCACUAUCGCUACUGAUAUAAACAAGGAGGACCUCUCGGACGCCGCGAAGCGUGAGGGCAUGAUCAAGAGAACAUGUCUUGGAAGACUUGGCGCCCCCGACGAUAUCGCCGGUCCAGCAGUAUUCCUAGCGAGCGAUCUCGCGAAAUAUGUGACGGGCGCGUCCUUGUUGGUGGACGGAGGCUUAUUCGUGAACUUACAGUAAACCGACCACCGUCGGUGGAUCCGACCUGACCAUACAGUGUAGAUUCGUAGAUUGUAAGUUAGCUGUGCAAAUACCAGAAGCAAUGAAGUGUACAUUUCCUGU